CAUUUUUUUAUAAUUUAAUUUAAAUAUAUUUUAAUUUAAUGAUUCCCUUUUUAUGUUCCUCAGAAGUUUUGAACUGGAACAUGAAAAUCUUUGUGAAAUUUGGUUCUGGCAAUUUCGAGUUUUCGUCUUGCGAAGAAUUAGGGUUCGUAAUUCUUCGACUCGCGUUCAAUCUAUUCCUUUGAAGUCAAAGCAAAGUGUUGCCUUUUUCGCGUUGCCUUUCGUCGAGUUAAGGAAGCUAUGUUGUCCAUCUCUGUUUUCGUUCUUUUAGCAAGGAUUUGUGGCAUUCAGUUGCAAGACUGUGUUUCCCGCAAUCAAGAUUCUUAUGCUCUGUUUGGGGAUUUGUUACCUGAUUCAAUAUGAUUCCAAUCUUUACAUUCUAACCUUUAGAAUUUCCCUUUUCUUAUGGUUUCAUCCUUGCAGUGUCUUUGAUCGAGUUAAGGCAGCUAUGUUACCCUUCUCUGUUUCCAUUCUUUAGUAAACGAAGUGUUGGACUGAAAAAGAGAUGAACAUAUCGGCCCUUCUUACAUCUGCUGGAAUCAAUAUAGCAAUAUGCGUUGUGCUUCUAUCGUUAUACUCCAUACUUAGAAAACAGCCCUCCAAUUAUUGCGUCUACUUUGGGCGAAGGCUUGCUAAUGGAAGGGUUAAACGUUAUGACCCUUUUUGGUACGAAAGGUUUGUGCCCUCUCCAAGUUGGCUGGUUAGGGCAUGGGAAACUAAUGAAGAUGAGUUAUUGGCUGCUGCUGGUUUAGAUGCUGUGGUUUUCCUCAGGAUGGUAGUUUUCAGCAUUCGGUUGUUCUUUAUUGCUGCUGUUGUUUGCAUUGGCCUUGUGUUGCCUGUUAACUAUUAUGGGCAACAGAUGGAACACAAGGAAAUCCAUAUGGAGUCAUCUGACGUUUUCACAAUUGAGAACAUUAAGGAAAGCUCUAAAUGGUACAAAGUGGUGUUGUCUAAGAAUAUCCGUUGGCUUUGGGCUCAUUGUGUAGCGUUGUAUGUCAUAACCUUUGCGGCAUGUAUUCUUCUCUACUUUGAGUAUAAGACCAUAGCAAAAAUGAGGCUCGCAUAUAUUACUGGGUCUGCCUCGAAGCCAAGUCAUUUUACAGUUCUUAUCCGCGGUAUUCCGUUUUCUCCUGGAGGAUCCUACAGUGAAACAGUGACCAAAUUCUUCACAAAUUACUAUGCUUCGAGCUAUUUGUCCCACCAAAUGGUCUACCAUAAUGGCAUCAUUCAGAGAUUGCUGCGUGAUGCAGAGAAGAUGUGCCAAGCUAUAAAACAUGUUUCUCCAGAUGUAAGUUGUAAACCGGGUUUAACCUCAUGCACUUUCUGUGGUGGACCUACGCCUACAGGUUCUUUUCAUAUCCUGGCUAGCGAGAUGGACAGUGUUAAAAGAAUGGAGCUUGGCGAGUUAUCUUUGACGACAGCAGAGCAAGAGCGUCCGGUUGCUUUUGUCUUUUUCAAGACACGUUACGAUGCUCUUGUUGUUUCAGAGGUUCUUCAAGCAUCAAAUCCUAUGUUAUGGGUUGCGGACUUAGCUCCAGACCCUCAUGAUGUUUAUUGGAGGAAUCUCCGCUUACCUUAUCGACAACUCUGGAUACGGAAGAUAGCAACAUUUGUUGGUGCAAUUGCCUUCAUGUUUGUGUUUCUCCUUCCUGUGGCCGUCAUCCAGGGCUUGACUCAACUUGAUCAGCUUUCUCACGCAUUUCCUUUUCUACGAGGCAUUUUGAAGAAGAAGUUUAUGAACCAGGUCAUCACGGGUUACUUACCGAGUGUCAUCUUGAUACUGUUUCUCUACGCGGUUCCGCCCACAAUGAUGUAUUUUUCGACAUUGGAAGGGUGUGUAUCACGGAGUAGAAGGAAGAGAAGUGCGUGCAUCAAAGUUUUAUACUUCACCAUUUGGAAUGUUUUCUUCGUGAAUAUUCUAUCAGGAUCUAUUAUCCGACAACUAAGUGUUUUCUCAAGUGUUAGAGACUUACCUGCACAACUCGCCAAGGCUGUUCCCACACAGGCUAGCUUCUUCAUGACCUAUGUUUUCACAUCAGGUUGGGCCAGUUUGGCAUGUGAAAUCGUGCAACCCAUGGCUCUUAUCUGGAAUCUGGUGGCAAAACUCAUUGUCAAGAACCAGGAUGAUUCUUACGUAACGCUUAGGUUUCCGUACCAUACCGAAAUUCCGAGGCUACUUUUGUUUGGCCUCUUAGGUUUCACCAAUUCAGUCCUAGCACCUCUAAUCUUGCCAUUCUUGUUGAUCUACUUCUCCUUCGCAUACCUUAUAUACAAAAAUCAGAUACUCAAUGUGUAUAUUACGAAAUAUGAAAGUGGCGGACAGUAUUGGCCGAUUUUCCACAGCACAACGAUAUUUUCACUGAUAUUGACACAGAUCAUAGCUCUGGGUUUUUUCGGUUUAAAGCUAUCAACUGUGGCUUCGGGUUUCACCAUACCAUUGAUUCUUCUCACUCUUCUCUUUAGUGAAUAUUGCCGACAGAGAUUCUUGCCGAUUUUCAAGAAACAUUCAGCUCAGGUUCUUAUAGACAUGGACAGAGAAGAUGAACAAUCAGGAAAAAUGGAAGAGAGACACAAAAAUCUACGGACCGCAUAUUUUCAGAUCCAAGUUCCUUCUCAGGAAUCCAGCAAAGCUGGAACUCCUUGCUCGGAUCUCGAAUCACAGGAUCCUGAAAAAUCGAACCAAGAUGGAGAGGAUGAGAGUGUCAAAGGUAAAGAGUUAUGGAACUUCCAGAGCAGCGAAGAGAAAGAGGAAGAAUCCGGGCAAGGAGCUGAUGAGGUUAAGCCCUGUUCCAGUGUUUCUCCAAAGCUGAUCGAGCUUCUUGAUCGAACGUAGAGCUCGCUCAUUCAUUCAUGUUCGGGCAGAACACAGAGUUUCUUGGAGCAACAACCAUCACAUACAGCACAGGUUCUGGCUCGAGCCCUGAAAGGAACGAGAUGACAGAACAUGUGCAAUUGCUUAUAGGGUUUUGCUCCUUUUUUGUAGAUAAAACACCCUCUAGGAAAGCCUAGGAGAUGAAGAAGGGUAAGUUGCAGAAACAUGUGGGUAGUUCUCCUUCAGACAAGAAAUGUACAUUUCGUAGUUUUUUUUUUUUUGGCAAAGAGCAUGAGGGCAAGUUUUUGGAUACAAAGCGUACGAAUAUACACUCAUUUUGUGGACAUCAUCCACAAAGGAUCUUGGUCUCAAUAGAAUGGAAAGGAAAACAGGGAGAGAACCCUCUCUUCUGCAGGGGUGGCCAUUUUGGAUUCGGUUA